AGAUAGAGAUCGGGCUCGAUGGGGAGAGGAAAGAUAUUGAUAAGGAGGAUCGAUAAUUCAACGAGCCGGCAAGUGACGUUUUCGAAGAGGAGGAAUGGAUUGUUGAAGAAGGCGAAGGAGCUAGCGAUUUUGUGUGACGCGGAGGUUGGAGUCAUCAUCUUCUCCAGUACUAGCAAGCUCUAUGAUUAUGCAAACACCAGUAUGAAAUCAGUGAUUGAAAGAUACAACAAAGCAAAGGAAGACAACACUAAUAAAUUGGGAGAUCCAAGUUCUGAGGUCAAGUUUUGGCAAAGGGAAGCUGCGCUGCUGAGGAAACAACUAGAGAACUUGCAACGGAAUCAUCGAAAAAUGAUGGGUGAAGAGCUAUCUGGAUUGAAUGUCAAAGAAUUACAAAACUUGGAAAAGCAACUUGAAAUGAGUCUGCGUGGUGUCCGUCUGAAAAAGGACCAAAUUCUGGUUGAAGAGGUACAAGAACUAAACCGAAAGAGAAACUUCAGCCAUCAAGAAAACAAGGAACUUUAUAAGAAACUAGACCUUGUUCGUCAAGAAAAUAUGGAAUUGUAUAAGAAGGUUUAUGGAACUAGAGAAGCAAAUGCAGUGAGCAGAAAUGCCAUGAGUUCAAACAGUUUAAGCGUCAACGAGGGCCCUCUCACACCUCUUCAUCUCCAGCUAAGCCAACCACAGCUACAGCACUAUGAAAUGCCAGGAACUACAAAGUUGAGGCUGUCACUGCAUUAGUGGAGAAUAUGCACACUAUGCCAUUAACCUCUCUUCUCGACCAAGUGUUCCAACUCACAAACAUAUGUUUAAAUUAUUAAAGACCAGUAUUGUCAAAUGCACGCUUAAGUCCUGAAAUGAGGCACAAAACGUGUUGACCGCUUCGCCUCGCGUAAUGCGUGUUAUUAGUGUCGUCAUCAAUGUUCUAAGAUAUACUUUUCUUUGUCAAUGAACCUCUUCUAAAGGGGUGACACUAAGUUGUUCAUAUAUUUGUAAUUCAUGCCUAUAGUUAUUAGUCUUGGACUUAACAUAUAUAUUUGUAUUAGUUUCUCCCUUUGAGCCUUUUUUCAUUGAA